GUGUGUGAGUGUUUGUGGGGGGGAGCUAGCUCCUAGCAGCUAGCUAGUUACGCAGUAACGUUAGCGGUUUCGCAUCGGGCAGCUAGUUAAACAUCAGAGCGAUGCCUUAGACGACAUUUAUUUCUCCCUAAGAUACUAAAAAUGAUGUCAAAUGAUAGCAGUGGACACCGUUCGUUACAAUAACCAAUAAUCACCGAUGUUCGCAGCGGACAAAUUGUUUUUUGCGGCGGCCACAUAUUCCGUUCUGGGCCGAGCUAGCUAAGUAGCUAGCGUAGCUACCGUUAGCCUCUUAGCACCGCCGAUGAUGGCUGAGCCGGGAAGCGGGUCGAUAAAGGAAGCCUAGACCCUGUAUCGAAAUUGGCUGGCAACAAACGGAGUGACCAGCCAAUCAGCCGAGGCGGGCCGUAGCGCCAUGGCGUCCCGUCAGAGGAACUCGGUGCGCAUCCUGUUGAGCCGGGAGCGAGGCUCCCAGACCUUCGGCUCCCAGAGGCUCCUGCAGCUGCUGGUGGAGGAGAAGAUCCGCUGGAUGAAGUGGCAGAGUCAGAAAGUGGAGCUGCCUGACAGCCCCCGCUCCACCUUCCUGUUGGCCUUCAGCCCCGACAGAACCCUGAUGGCCUCCACCCACGUCAACCACAACAUUUACAUAACGGAGGUGAAGACCGGAAAGUGCCUGCACUCCCUGGUGGGCCACCGGAGGACCCCCUGGUGCGUGACCUUUCACCCCACCAUCCCAGGCCUGGUGGCAUCUGGCUGCCUGGACGGGGAGGUCCGGAUCUGGGACCUGCAUGGCGGCAGCGAGAACUGGUUCACAGAGAGCAACGUGGCCAUCGCCUCGCUGGCCUUCCACCCCACGGCCCAGCUGCUCCUCAUCGCCACCAACAACGAGCUCCACUUCUGGGACUGGAGCCGCCCCGAGCCCUUCGCCGUGGUGAAGACCGCCAGCGACACCGAGAGAGUCCGGUUGGUCAGGUUCGACCCUCUUGGUCACAACCUGCUGACGGCCACCGUGAACCCGUCCAACCAGCAGAGCGAGGAGGACUCGGAGGUUCCCAUGGACAGCGUGGAGAUGCCUCAUUUCCGUCAGCGCUCCUUCCUGCCCUCCCAGCCGGUGCGCCGCACCCCCAUCCUGCACAACUUCCUCCACAUCCUGUCGUCCCGCUCGCCGGGGGCCCCGCCGGGGGUUGAGCAGCCGCGACCUCCGGGGGAAGGGGGGGGCGUGGGAGAGCCUCCCGGCGUGCCCCUGGCCCAGUACACUGGCGCUGAGCGCGCCCCCCCCUUCCUGGGAUGCACCCAGCACCUGGGCAUGGUGUGCCUGUGCAGCCGCUGCGCUGCAGGACGCAGUGCCGACGCCCCCCAGCCCGACGCCCCCCCCCACGACGCCCCCCCGCCCUCCACCUUCUCCUCGGCGCGCACGGAGCCCAGGCAGCCGUCAGAGCGCCCCUCGGCCUUCACCUCCGUCUACUACAGCGCCGGCGCCUCCCUUAACCCCCCCGCGCCCAGCAGCGGGGAGGCGCACGCUGCCCCCAGACCAGGACCCGACUGGACCCGCAACCUGCUGAGUAUGAGGGAGGGGGGGGUCGGCCCUGGAAUGCUGCCCCCCAGGACUUCCUCCUCCUCCAUCAGCCUGCUGUCGGUGCUGCGUCAGCAGGACGGCUCCUCCCACUCCCCUGUCUACACCUCCGCAUCCGAGGGGCGGGGUUUCCCCCCCCAGCAGGGAGACCCCGGGGGGCGGGAUGCCGCCGGCACCAGCAGCGGGCACCACCCCUUCUGGGACGGCUCCCGUGGCAACACGGCCUCCUUCCGCAAUGUGCUGCAGUGCAACCUGAGCCGCUACUUCAUGGAGUUUGACCGCAUGCAGGACCUGGAGCCCCCACUGGGGGGGGGCAGCAUGGGCGAGGGGGGGCCGGAGCAGAGCCCAGAGCUGUUGAACAACAACAUGGACCCAGAAAGGCCUGGGCCUUCCUCCUCUUCCUCCACCUCCUCGCCCACAAUCAUCCACUACCAGCCUCCUCUCCCUCCUCCCCCCGUCCCCCACAACCUGGAGAACAGUGCCCCCCCCCCGGCCUCCAGGGGCCACCUGAACCGCUGCCGGGCCUGCCACAACCUGCUGACCUUCAACCACGACUCCCAGCGUUGGGAGCGGACCAACCAGGCCUCCUCAACCUCUGCCUCCGCUCUGGAGCCGCCCUCCUCUUCCUCCUCCACCUUCCCUUCGUCAUCCUCCUCCUCCUGGCAGCCCGAGGAGGGCAGGAGGACACUAGAAGCCCCGCCCUCGGAGAGCGAGGUUCCCCCGGAGCCCAGCGAGCAGCCCCCUACCACCCUCAGGGGCGGAGGCUCCGUGGCCUUCCCCAUUGCUCCGACCCCCACCCGGAGUGGGGAGCAGACCGUGGGCCUGGUGUACAACCAGGACACGGCGCAGUGGGAGCGGGUCUACAGGCAGGCUGCAGCCGGCAGGCCGCUGGAGCCCCCGGAGGCCCUGAGCCAGGAGAUGCCCGUGGACCCCCCUGACGAGGACUCCCUGAGGAGGCGCCUCCUGGAAUCCUCCCUGUUAUCGUUGUCUCGCUACGACAUGUCGGGAUCCAGAGACCACCCCAUCUACCCCGACCCAGCCAGACUCUCCCCCGCUGCGUACUACGCUCAGAGGAUGAUCCAGUACCUUUCGAGGAGGGACAGCAUCCGUCAGCGGUCCCUUCGGUACCAGCAGAACCGCCUGCGGGCGAUGUCGUCCUCCUCCGACAGUCCGGUCAGCAACCCGCCCGGCGCCAUGGACAACAGUGACGUGGACUUUGAGGAGCUGGAUGAUAACGGGGAGCGAGCGAGGCACCGGACCACUCGUAACGCCAGGAUGUCGGCUCCUUCUUUGGGUCGCUUUGUCCCGCGGCGCUUCCUGCUCCCCGAGUACCUUCCCUACGCCGGGAUCUUCCACGAGAGAGGGCAGCCCGGCCUGGCGACUCACUCCUCCGUCAACAGAGUGCUGGCUGGUGCGUCGAUAGGAGACGGUCAGUCCGCGGUGGCCAGCAACAUCGCCAACACCACCUACCGUCUGCAGUGGUGGGACUUCACCAAAUUUGAUCUGCCGGAGAUCAGCAACGCCUCGGUCAACGUCCUGGUGCCAAACUGUAAGAUCUACAACGACGCCAGCUGCGACAUCUCUGCGGACGGCCAGCUGCUGGCGGUCUUCAUUCCCAGCAGCCAGCGGGGCUUCCCUGACGAGGGCAUCCUGGCCAUCUACUCGCUGGCUCCUCACAACCUGGGGGAGAUGCUCUACACCAAGAGAUUUGGCCCCAAUGCUAUCUCCGUUAGCCUGUCUCCGAUGGGUUGCUACGUCAUGGUGGGGCUGGCCUCUCGCAGGAUCCUGCUGCACCCCACCACCGACCACAUGGUGGCGCAAGUCUUCCGCCUGCAGCAGCCUCACGGAGGAGAGACCUCCAUCAGGAUGGUGUUCAACGUGGUCUACCCCAUGGCUCCAGACCAGCGGCGCCACGUCAGCAUCAACUCGGCCCGCUGGCUCCCCGACCCGGGGAUGGGUUUGGCUUACGGCACCAACAAGGGAGACCUGGUGAUCUGCCGGCCCGUGUUCUACCGGAGCGACGGGGAGAGUCCGGCCGAGUCCAGCAGCGAGCCGCUGUUCUCCGUCAACAACGGAGGAACCCGCCCCCGAGGGUCAGAGCGCCCGGGGCCCAACCGCCCCGGCUGGAGGCUGGACCGGGACAUGGGCCUGAUGAACGCCAUCGGCCUUCAGCCCCGACACCCCGCCCCUUCAGUGACAUCACAGGGAACGCAGACGCCAAUCAUCCAGCUGCAGAAUGCCGAGACCCAGACGGAGAGGGAGCUGGCAGAGCCCCGGACCAUGCAGCCCGCAACCAAUGUUCCUCCUGCGACUCCGUCCACGAGCCAUGCAGCUGGCGGGGGGGAGGCUGCGCCUCCGAGCGGCAGAGCGUUGGAGGGCGGGGUCCUGGGUGAAGUGGCCUUGGCGGAGGCCACCACCUCCACAGCCGGCGAGUCUCCUGACUCGGGCUCCGGUGAAGACGCGCUGGCUCGGAUCCGCCGGCUGAUAGCCGAGGGCGGGAUGACCGCCGUGGUGCAGCGGGAGCAGAGCACCACCAUGGCGUCCAUGGGGGGCUUCGGCAACAACAUCAUCGUCAGCCACCGGAUCCACCGCGGCUCCCAGACCGCCGCCGGGGCCUCCAGGCCCCCGGACCCCCUCCUCCUGGCCCAGACCCACGGCCCGCCCCCCCAGGCCCAGCAGCCGGCCCCCUGGGCCCCCCGGCCCCCUGCCCUGGACUCUGUGCCGGGCCCCUCCUCCUCCCUCCUGCUCUCGUCCCCCUCGCCCCCCCCCUCCUCCUCUCGCAGCCCUGCCCCCAGCGGUGGGGGGGGCAACUCCUCCAACAGUUACCCGGGCGACCCGUACAGCCGGUAGAAGCCCCUCGUAGCCUUAUCUCUCAAAGAAGUGGGUGCUGCUUUGACUCUGAACAGAAGGGACUCAAGGCCCCCCCCCCCCCCCCUCCACCCCCAUGCGCUUCCCCCGCACCGCAACAAACCCACCUGAAGCUGAACCGCGACCAUUCCUCAGCAGAAAGGGCUUUUACUUGAACGGAGCUCUGAGCUCCCCCCGGCCCGACUGAAGGUUCCUCCAAGUGCCAUGUUGGGGGGGCCACACACACACACACACACACACUUACUCCAACGUUCUGCAUUUGGUGCCAUGUUGAAAUUUCAUGUGAAUUAGUGCUUGAUUGAAGUGUUUCAAAAGUGAAUUCAGCACUACUUUUAUUUUGAAGCCUGUUUUUGUACCGUGUUUAAUUAUGUUUGCUGGAGGCGGAGCUACAUGGGGACUCUGAAUCAUGACUCCGCCCCCCAACUCUGAAUCACGAUGAUGCAUCAUGAGGCAGAAUCCUGAAUCUGAAGCUUGACUCUUGACUCCGCCUCCUCGAGGAAGCCGACUGAUCCACUGCAUGAAGUGUGUGUGUGUGUGUGUGUGUGUGUGUGUGUGUGUGUGUGUGUGUGUGUGUGUGUGUGUGUGUGUGUGUGUGUGUGUGUGUGUGUGUGUGUGUGUGUGUGUGUGUGUGUGUGUGUGUGUGUGUGUGUGUGUGUGUGUCAUUUUACUGGAUCACAGUUGUAACUGCAAGAAAAGUUUAUUCUUGGAGGUUUAAGUAAAAAAUGAAGCGGUGUGUAUGUGUGUGAGGGGGG